UCGUAAUGGAGACAGUGCGCUCUUGCCUUCUUCGCGACGUUUAUCCUUAAGGACGAUGUGAGUGGAGCUUCGGAGCUUUCGCGUACACGCGGUGUUCACAAUAAACAUAACAGUUCGAGAAGAGAAAAAGGAUUUGCGCGCGCGCUAUGUUUAUGUUUUUGUGGUGAGAAAGGAUACCCGAUUUGGGUACGGCACCAUGGGACUCUACAAGCAGUACUUCCGGAUCGGGCAGUAUGCAAGAAAUCAAAUUUUCGGCAAGGCUGAUCGGUCCAAGGAUGGCACUCCUUUGCAAAUGCUUAUUUCGCAACAUGGGAAACUCAGCAGUAGUCGCAUCGCAGUCAUCCUAAUCGGAGUAUUUACCCUGGCCAUGGGCAUUAUCUUAUCGUCAAUUCCAUGGGUGGACUACCUCAUUUUAAAAAAUUUGAAACUGUGGAACGGUUCGUUGAGCUUCCAGUACUGGCAAAAACCCGGAGUAAUCCGCCUCACAAAAGUCUACAUUUUCAACGUCACAAAUCCCGACAAUUUUCUAAAUUUGGGGGAAAAACCGAAACUGCAAGAAGUUGGCCCUUUUGUCUACAGAGAAGACAUGGAAAAGGUCAAUAUCAAGUUCCACGAUAAUGGCACUCUCACUUAUCAGCACAAGAAAAUCCUACAAUUUGUACCUGAAUUGUCCGUUGAUAAGGACCAGAAGAUCACUGUCCCCAACAUUCCACUUCUGACCUUGUCAACCCAAUCAAACUCUCUUAGUUAUUUCGUGCAACGAACAAUUUCCUUCUUAUUAAGUGUGCGAGGCUUCAAGCCUUUUGUCACUAUAACCGCCGAUGAGCUAGUCUUCGGCUACGACGACACUCUUGUCUCUCUAGCCCACCAGUUUUACCCCAAACGAAAAAAACCAAUGUCCAAAAUGGGCCUUUUAAUCAAUAGAAAUGGAACCUUGAAUGAGGUCCAUAAUAUAUAUACAGGGAUGACCGGAAUGCAAAAUUUCGGAUAUUUAGAGAAGCUAAACGGCGAUGAUAAGUUGCCCUACUGGCAGGAAUCACCCUGUAACAUUAUAAGGGCCAGUGAAGGGUCGUUUUUCCCCCCCAGAUACUACACCAAAUCCGACGUUGUCAACAUCUACGACAAGGACUUGUGCAGGACCAUGCCCUUACAGUACAGAGGGCCAGUCACAAAGCAUGGAAUUAGUGCUGAUUUGUACACCCCAGCUGACAGUAUGUUUGAAACUGUGAUUAAAGAACCGAACAAUAAAUGUUAUUGUCCCGGGAACGAGUUUUGCCCCCCUAAAGGCCUCCAAAAUAUUAGCCCCUGUCAGUUCGAUGCUCCUGUCUAUUUAUCCUUCCCCCACUUUUUCGAAGCCGAUCCAACUCUAAUCGAGCCUUUUGAAGGCUUAAAUCCAGUCAAGGAGAAGCACCAAUCCUAUUUUAAAAUCCAGCCGAGACUGGGGGUGCCAAUUGAGGGCAAAGUGCGUUUACAGCUCAAUCUAAAGGUGGACCAAGCACCUCAGGUGGCCCCCGUGUCGAAAUUCCCCAGUAUCAUGUACCCCAUAAUGUGGCUCGAGGAGGGAAUCGACGACUUGACGCCCCCCAUCCGACGCUGGAUUUACCUCGCGACGACGUUCGCCGACGUCGCAUGCCCCCUUAUGACCUACGGGUUCAUUUUUCUGGGUACUUGCAUCCUCAUUGGGGUGUUUAUAAACGCCUACAAGUCCAUUGUUUUCACAAAGGAGACCAUCGAAAUCGGAAUGAAGACGUUGAGGAAGCGAGGAAGCAGCUAUUUGGCCGUGGCGAGGCCCAAACUGAUCAAAAGGGACACUUACACGUUGCUUGAUUUGAACGAGGGCUUGGACGAGAUUGAUAUAUGAAAGUGGGACUUAGUUUUUGUAGAAAAUUGAACUGCCGAAUUGCUCAAAUUGUGAUUCUUGUGAUAAUUUUUGGUGCAAUAAUUUAUUUGUUUUUUUGAAUUGCCAAAACGUUGACUAGGUUUAGGUAAUUGCGGGAUUCAAAUUGGUGCCUUUUAUUCGAUGAGUCAUCACACAAACUUCGAUUUUUGCUCAGUUAGGUCUAGGAGAGCCAGUUUUAUAAUGAAGUGUACUUUUUUAAUAAAAUAUUUCAACUU